AUGGCAUCGAAUUCGUACUGUCAAGGAUAUCAAUGUGAAAAGGUCUCCACGUCCGACGACCUCCCCGAAUUUUCACUCCUAGCCCGUCGGGCCCCCGGCUACUCCCACUGUACCCGGGCCUGUGGGUGCGCCACUUGUGGCUGCUUCCUCUGCAGUCCGGGAUGUAACUUCUGGCGCCUCUAUGCCUUACCAAAAACCAACAACAUUUACCAAAUAGGACGUUGCCCCACGUGGACUAUAACCGCGUCAGUAAUCCUAGAAGUGGGCGAAAAAACGUCCCUCAUACAACUGGUGGCUGCCAAGCCCGUCCACGUCGGAAACGAGAUCUUCACUCUACAGGCCAUAUCCACUCCGCAGGUACCGAUUCUGUAUCAACCUAUGGUUAUAAAAGUGGGAACCAACGAGGCCAUCACCACCGCAGCCUCUGACCCCCAACAACCUGCUCCGGGCAGCCUAGGGGUCUUCCAAUGCCGCUCAGAAGACGAUGCCAGAAGAUUCCAGUGUACAUUCCCCCAUGAAACUUGUUCAUGCAGCCCCAGCGACUUCCACACCAAAUGCACAUGCAACUACCGCAACCCUAUGGACCUAUGGCACAACCAGGAGGUAAAACUCCCGUUCACUUCGGGUCCAAUAAAGAUCGACUAUCAAAAUCACACCAUCACGGCAGAAAUCGCUCAACAGACCGCCAUUCUGGUUCACAUCGCCUUCCAAAACACAACGAUAUCUACGUUUCAUUAUCGUGCAAAGUGUGCACCUUCCGUGAUACAACAAUUGACCGGAUGCAAGUCUUGUCAUUCGGGAGCACAAGCUAUCAUUUUCUGCCAAUCCAAACUCCCAACGACUAUCAAUGUCGAAUGUGAUGGAACAAAUGUCCAAUCAUUUCCCUGCAACAACAUUACCUUCCAACUCAACAUCUACACCGAUGAAGCUGAAUUUAACAAAAACUGUCCCUACUCCUGCUCCGAUAAAUCUGACGGAACUCUACACCUUUUCGGAAAACUUCACACCAUGACGAUUCCUCCUCCCCCGUCCAAGGAACUUGGACAGUGGUGGGCAAGAGCCGCCGAUGAAGUUCCGAUCGGAAACAUUCUACGCGAUAUUACACAAUUUCUGGAAAAAGUCGCUUGGUUUUUCCCUUCUUUAAUCUUCCAAUAUCCCCUCCUUAUGUUAAUUGUUAUGGCAACUGUCGUUAUCAUGCUUUAUUUUCUUUUCCGCUACAAUUUCCCUUCCACCCCACCUGCGAUCUUUCUCGGACCUCGCCCGCACCAACAACUCCCCGAAAGCCGUGGUCUCCUGCCCAAACGGGCUAAGCCCCACCACCAUUAA